GAGUUUCGGGAGUUCAACAAAUACCUCGCAUACAUGGAAUCCAAAGGAGCCCAUCGAGCAGGUCUUGCCAAGGUGUCUGCAGAGGGCAGAAGAGAGUGUCAGAUCUUGUGGAGUCAUAGGCAUUUGUGAGCUUCCUGAUGUGGGUAUUGGGUACCAAUUUCAAGACCUUUGGAAGAGAAGAGCAACAAGUGCUCUCAACUGUUGAACUAUCGCUUUUGCACUCACAGUUGAUCUUUCUAAUACUUAAACACUCUGAUUUCCUUUCAGUUACCAAGAUUAUAGUAUAGUGUCUUAAAGAUUCCUUUUUAACGGUUUUCUGUGUGAGCACGUUGAUGUGCAUGCGGGUACCCCUCCUGGAGCUAGAGUGCUGGCACCCUCUGAGCCUUUGCUCAAGCCUUCCACUUUUAUAUAGUGUACCUUUCAAAUAGUAGUAUUGAUGUAGACUGGAGGUGUUGAGUACCUGCUGUACAGUCAGGAGGUCCUGAGUUCAGAUUUCUAAUACGCAUGUUAAAAAAAAAGCCAGGGGUCAUUAUGCAUCUCCAUAAUGCUAGUGCUGGGAAGGUGAAGAGAGGACUCGGCUCCAUGACAGACUCUGUUUCCAAAUAAAAUAUAAUAAAAUACAUACAUGUGUAUCCUAAUGCAUAUAUACAAACACAAAAAUGUCAGACAUGUUACAUACACAAAACAAAACUUUUUUUUUUUUUUUAAAGAUACAUUUGUUUUAUGUAUGUGAGUACACUAUCACUGUCUUCAGACACACCAGAAGAGGGCAUCACAUCCCAUUACAGAUGGUUGUGAGCCACCAUGAGGUUGCUGAGAAUUGAAUUCAGGACCUCUGGAAGAGCAGUCAGUGCUCGUAACCACUGAGCCAUCUCUCCAGCCCCAGACAAAAACUUAAUAUUUAGUGAAGCAUAGCCACAUGCAUUUAUUACCAAUAAAUAUGGUAGUUGUUGCCACUUGAGCAGGAUAGACCUAUUUUGAAAAGAGUGUGUGGAGGACUUGGGAGGGGUAAUAGUAUUCUGCUUCUUAUACUUGCCCAAGUGGGUCCUCUGUGCUUUGGUUUCUAAUAAUUCAUUUUCAUUUUCUGUAAAUAAAUCUUUCAAUGUUAAUUUUUUUUAAGAUUUAUUUUAUGCAUAUGAGUGCACUGUAACUUUUCAGACACACCAGAAGAGGGCAUCGGAUCCCUUUUCAGAUGGUUGUGAGCCACCAUGCGCUUGCUUGGGAAUUGAACUCAGGACCUCUGGAAGAGCAGUCUGUGCUCCUAACCACUGAGCCAUCUCUCCAGCCCUCUCAAUCUUAAAAUAUUUUAAGAAAUUUCUUAGGUAUUCUGGCGCAUUCAUGCAGUCCCAGAAUUUGGGAGGAGCAGGAGGUAUUCCUGGGCAUUCCUAGAGACGUAACAAAUUCAAGGACAGUCUGGGUUGCUUAAGAAGAGACAUGUAGAUAAAAUUCAGUAAAGGUGAACUUGCUUGUGUUCUGUGAGGAAGAGUCCAUCAACAGUUGAGAGGUAACACGUGGUGAAUUGUUUGUUCUGGUGUCAUUGGUGUUUCAUCUAACAUCUCAGCCUGCCUUUUUUUUUUUUUCUCGAGACAGGGUUCUCUGUAUAGCUCUGGCUGUCCUGGAACUCACGUAAACCAGGCUGGCCUCGAACUCAGAAAUCCACCAGCCUCUGCCUCCCGGGUGCUGGAAGGUGAUUCCUCCUAAGGAGUGGAAGCCAAGACAGUGCUAUGAUGAUAUUGAUAAUUUGCUCAUCCCAGCACCAAUUCAGCAGAUGGUCACAGGGCAGUCGGGACUGUUCACGCAAUACAACAUCCAGAAGAAAGCCAUGACUGUGAAGGAGUUCAGGCAGCUGGCUAACAGCAGCAAAUACUGUACUCCAAGAUACUUGGAUUAUGAAGAUUUGGAACGCAAAUACUGGAAAAACUUAACUUUUGUGGCACCUAUUUAUGGAGCAGAUAUAAAUGGGAGCAUUUAUGAUGAGGGUGUGGAUGAAUGGAAUAUAGCUCGCCUAAAUACAGUCUUGGAUGUGGUUGAAGAAGAGUGUGGUAUUUCUAUUGAGGGGGUAAAUACCCCUUAUCUCUAUUUUGGAAUGUGGAAAACAACAUUUGCGUGGCACACGGAGGACAUGGAUCUCUACAGUAUUAAUUAUCUCCACUUUGGGGAGCCCAAGUCUUGGUAUGCUAUACCUCCGGAGCAUGGAAAGCGACUUGAAAGACUAGCCCAAGGCUUCUUCCCCAGUAGCUCCCAAGGCUGUGAUGCAUUUCUCCGGCACAAGAUGACCCUCAUUUCCCCCUCAGUGCUGAAGAAGUAUGGCAUUCCCUUCGACAAGAUCACCCAGGAGGCUGGAGAGUUUAUGAUCACUUUUCCUUAUGGAUAUCAUGCUGGUUUUAAUCAUGGUUUCAAUUGUGCUGAGUCUACAAAUUUUGCUACAGUCAGAUGGAUUGACUACGGCAAGGUUGCUAAGUUGUGCACUUGUCGGAAUGACAUGGUGAAGAUAUCAAUGGAUAUAUUUGUGAAGAAAUUUCAGCCAGAUAGAUACCAGAUUUGGAAACAAGGAAAGGAUAUAUAUACUAUUGACCAUACAAAGCCCACUCCAGAAUCUACUCCAGAAGUAAAAACAUGGCUACAGAGGAAGAAAAAAUUAAGAAAGCCUCCCAAGAGCUUACAGGGCAAUAAGCCACUUUGUAAAAGGCCUAAACCUGAAGAAGAUGAGGAAUUUGCUGAAUUUAGUGGGGAAGAGGGUGCAAACCCUGCCAUGGGCCCUAGGCACCUCAAAGUCACUGAAAAGCCAGAAAAAGCAUUAAAGCUGGGGAAAUUAGAAGAAUCUUCAGCAAAAGAAGCUUUGGAUACCAGGAUACAAGUGGAUCAAAGCUUACUGAACGACACCAAGCUCUCGGGAAAAGGUUGCAUAAGUUCAUCAGUAACAGCUGAAAUUCCACCAGAAGACAACAGAGCCAGUGCUGUAAUUUCACCAUCUCAGCUGAAGGAGGGCGCUGACUGCAUACCACUUUCUCAUGGCCAUCAAGCAGGCAAAGAGUCACAUCUACUUAAGAUUCUAAAGCUUGAAUCUCCCAAGAUACCUUCCCCCCUGCCAGAAAGUAAUAAAGUAUUGACAGAGGGAGAAGAAAAUGAUGAAGAGGGCCAUGGAAGUAACCUUGAGCCUGGGGAAAUCCCAGAAGCUCUUAGUGAAGAGAGAAAUGGGCUCAACAUUCCUAAGAUAAUUGAAGGACAGCCAAAAACUACUAAGAGUUGGCGCCAUCCACUUGGUAAGCCUCCGGCCAGAUCCCCAAUGACACUUGUGAAGCAGCAGGUAGCGAGUGAUGAAGAAUUGCCUGAGGUUCUAAGCAUUGACGAAGAAGUUGAAGAAACAGAGUCUUGGGCAAAGCCUCUCAUCCACCUUUGGCAGACAAAGUCUCCUAACUUUAUGGCUGAACAGGAGUACAAUGCAACUGUUGCAAAAAUGGAGCCAAACUGUGCCAUCUGCACUCUGCUCAUGCCGUACUACAAGCCUGAUAGCAGCAAAGAAGAAAAUGAUUCUAGAUGGGAGACAGCAGUAAAUGAAGUGGUUCAAUCUGGAAGAAAGACUAAGCCCAUUAUUCCAGAGAUGUGUUUUAUUUAUAGUGAAGAAAAUGUAGACUAUUCCCCCCCAAAUGCCUUCCUUGAAGAAGAUGGAACAAGUCUUCUGAUUUCCUGUGCCAAGUGCUUCGUGCGGGUUCAUGCAAGUUGUUAUGGUGUCCCUUCUCAUGAAGUCUGUGAUGGAUGGCUGUGUGCCCGGUGCAAGAGAAAUGCAUGGACUGCAGAAUGCUGUCUCUGCAAUUUGAGGGGAGGUGCUCUGAAACAGACUAAGAACAAUCAGUGGGCUCAUGUCAUAUGUGCUGUUGCAGUUCCAGAAGUGCGAUUCACUAAUGUCCCAGAACGGACACAAAUAGAUGUAGACAGAAUACCUUUACAGAGGUUAAAAUUGAAAUGCAUCUUCUGUAGACACCGGGUUAAAAAGGUUUCUGGAGCCUGCAUCCAGUGUUCUUAUGGCCGCUGCCCAGCUUCAUUCCAUGUUACGUGUGCCCAUGCUGCUGGAGUGCUCAUGGAGCCUGAUGACUGGCCUUACGUGGUAAACAUCACAUGCUUCAGACAUAGAGUCAACUCAAACGCGAAAUCCAAAACUUGUGAGAAAGCCAUUUCUGUGGGUCAGACAGUCAUCACAAAACAUCGAAACACUCGGUACUACAGCUGCAGAGUGAUAGAUGUGACAUCUCAAACCUUCUAUGAGGUCAUGUUUGAUGAUGGCUCCUUCAGCAGAGACACAUUUCCUGAAGAUAUUGUGAGCCGAAACUGUGUGAAGCUGGGCCCUCCUGCGGAGGGAGAAGUCAUCCAAGUCAAAUGGCCUGAUGGUAAACUCUAUGGGGCAAAGUAUCUUGGAUCAAAUGUUGCCUAUAUGUAUCAGGUUGAAUUUGAAGAUGGAUCGCAGAUUGCAAUGAAGAGAGAAGACAUAUACACUUUAGAUGAAGAGUUACCCAAGAGAGUAAAGGCUCGUUUUUCCACAGCCUCCGACAUGCGAUUUGAAGACACAUUUUAUGGAGCAGAUGUAAUCCAAGGGGAGAGGAAGAGGCAAAGAGUGCUAAGCUCCAGGCUCAAGAAUGAGUAUGUGGAUGACCCUGUGUAUCGUACUUUCCUGAAGAGUUCUUUCCAGAAGAAGUGUCAGAAGAGACAGUAGUUGAUAAUGUGCAGCAGCCACAGUGCAGCUCAGACCAGAAGAGGGAAGACAAAGGGACAGCCUUGGGGUACACAUUGGGACAGGUGGCUGGGUGCUUCUUUGGUAUUGGUAAUAAACCAGGCUUCUGGAGUUUGAUUACCAAGCAACCAAGAAGAGACAUAUUAGUUGCUUCUGUAAUCUGAUCACCCCUCAGUCAUUUGUUUGACCCCAAAGAAUAUUCCUAAAUUAAAGGAAACAGCAGUGAAUGGCCCACUAGAUAAAACAACUGCUAAAGAAGCGGGGUUCCCUCUCUGGCUCAGGUCCCUUCCUCAGGGAACACAUUUGGAGGCUCCUUUCCCACCUCCUUCAGUGGCAGCCUCAUCACCCAACAGCCGGUGGGUGUAUUUAUAUAUAUUUUCCACAGCCAGGGAAAGAGUCUCACUCACAUUUGUUUUCAGUGGCAGUUUUUAUAAAACAUUUUUAAAACACAAAUGGCAUGUAUGGUAAUAGGAUUUACCUGUAUGCUAUCUUCCCUUGUACAGAACUUUUCCAUUUUUUAUAUUAUUACUUUUGAUUGUGUCUGAAAACUGAGUUGGCCUUUAUAAGAGGAAAUUUUUUGCUCUUGAAGAGGAAUUCAUAUGAAGUAUAUGGGAAUUUUAUAUAUUUACAGAGGAAAAAUCUUGGCCUGAUAUUUUGAACACUUCAUAAUUCCUGUUCUGAAAUGAUAUUUAUAAAAUAUAUAUUUCUUUCAUUAUGUGUUUGUAAAAAUUAGAGUUUAAAGAAAUAUACUUAAUGCAUAGUUUUAAACUAAUGUAACAUGAUUUUUCUUUGCAAAACAGCCUGGAGAUGUAUUAAUAUUUAAAAAUUAAAAUCUGUUUUCUCCUGUCC